GACGUUUCGUCCAGGCACUGAAUCUGAACUUUGAAAACGGUCUAAAAAACGAGCAGAAAUCCGAAUUCCGAAGUUCGAAAUCGUCAGGCGGAUUGGUUUGCCGUAGAUCUAACGGGGGUAGGUGAUCCGUGCGAGAUUCCGGCGGAACAAUGGUGCUGAUUUCUGCCGUGCGCGAUUACAUCAACCGGAUGCUUCAUGACAUUUCCGGCAUGAAGGUCCUCAUCCUGGAUUUGGAAACGGUUAGUCAUGUAAGUGUUGUGUACUCACAGUCAGAGCUGCUUCAGAAAGAAGUGUUUCUUGUGGAAUUGAUAGAUUCAAUCUCUGUGUCAAAAGAAUCAAUGUCACACCUGAAAGCAGUUUACUUUGUCCGACCAACUUCUGAGAAUAUUCAAAAAUUACGGCAACAGCUUGCUAAUCCUAGAUUUGGAGAAUACCAUUUAUUUUUCUCCAAUCUAUUGAAGGAUACGCAGAUUCAUAUUUUAGCUGAUUCAGAUGAGCUAGAAGUUGUACAGCAAGUUCAGGAGUUUUAUGCAGACUUUGUUGCUCUUGAUCCAUAUCAUUUCACGUUAAAUAUGGCAUCAAACCACCUAUAUAUGCUCCCUGCAGUUGUAGAUCCCUCUGGACUGCAACGCUUCUCUGAUCGUGUCGUCGAUGGAAUUUCAGCAGUGUUUUUAGCUUUGAAACGAAGACCUGUAAUCAGAUAUCAGAGAACCUCUGAUACUGCUAAAAGGAUUGCCCAUGAAACAGCUAAACUGAUGUAUCAGCAAGAAAACGGUCUUUUUGACUUUAGAAGAAGUGAAAGCUCCCCAUUGUUGCUGAUAAUUGACAGAAGAGAUGAUCCAGUUACACCAUUGCUGAAUCAAUGGACCUAUCAGGCAAUGGUGCACGAACUCAUUGGAAUUCAAGAUAACAAAGUGGACUUGAGAAGCAUCGGAAAUCUUCCAAAAGAUCAGCAAGAGGUGGUGUUGUCAUCAGAACAAGAUGCUUUUUUCAAGGCUAACAUGUACGAAAAUUUCGGAGAUAUUGGAAUGAAUAUCAAGCGGAUGGUGGAUGACUUUCAGCAGGUGGCAAAGAGUAACCAAAAUAUUCAGACUGUCGAGGAUAUGGCCAGAUUUGUUGACAACUACCCUGAGUACAGAAAAAUGCAAGGCAAUGUCUCAAAGCAUGUAACUCUGGUCACUGAGAUGAGCAAGAUAGUUGAGGCAAGGAAACUGAUGCUGGUUUCACAAACAGAACAGGACUUAGCUUGCAAUGGUGGCCAAGGAGCUGCAUAUGAGGCGGUUACAAAUCUCCUAAAUAACGACAGUGUAUCUGACAUUGACCGCCUACGUUUGGUGAUGUUGUAUGCUUUGCGGUACGAGAAAGAAAAUCCCGUUCAAUUGAUGCAACUAUUCAACAAAUUGGCUUCACGGUCUCCAAAAUACAAACCAGGGCUUGUACAAUUUCUCCUGAAACAAGCCGGUGUUGAGAAACGUACUGGUGAUCUUUAUGGAAACCGGGAUCUUCUUAAUAUCGCUCGUAACAUGGCUCGUGGUCUCAAGGGUAUUGAGAAUGUAUACCCCCAGCACCAGCCUCUUCUGUUUCAAACCAUGGAGAGCCUAACCAAGGGGCGAUUACGGGAUGUGGACUACCCAUUUGUCGGAAAUCACUAUCAACAGGGCCGGAUGCAAGAGGUGGUUAUAUUCAUGGUGGGUGGGACAACGUACGAGGAAUCACGCUCUGUUGCUCUGCAUAACGCCUCCAAUCCCGGGAUUCGUUUCAUUCUUGGCGGCACGACACUUCUUAAUUCCAAGAGAUUUCUCAAGGACCUGGAAGAAGCACAGAGGAUAUCACGGUCAGGCAGCCAUAUGGUGUGAAAGAUCAGAAGGAGCCUGUAAAAAUAGGUCGAUACUUGCAUCAAAUCUCGACCUGAGAAAAAAAAGGCCGGUGAUAUUUCAGGAGAUGUGUUUUUUUUUUUUGUAUAGCGGUGUUUGGGCAUACAACGUUAGCAAGUUAACUACUAACCUUGAUCCACAGAUGAAAACCCUAAUACUGCGGUAUGAGCUUUCAGUCGUUUCAGGUUUUUUUUACAAGUCCUCCUUCCGUACAUGGAAAUGUAAUUCUAGGGUUGUUUUGGACCUUCGAGAUUAAAGUUUGCUAUAUAUAUAUAUAACACAUAUAACA